UUCAGCAGCUGGAAACCGGGCAGCACGAGUGCACCUGCAGCUGUGAGACCUCUCAGGUCUCUUAUAACUUGCUUUGUCCAGCGGGAAUCUGUGAAAAUUGUCUCUCAGUAACAAGAGAAUUUACAAUAAAUCAGUCUGAGGAUUUCUGCUCAUUCAGUACUAAAGAUAAGUCUUCAAAUGGGACUUAAAUCAUCCAUUGUUGCUGCCAUCCAAACAAUCAAAGGGAGAUUGUUCCACAGCUUGGUCGCUAGAUAAAGGUCCAAUAGAUAAACCCAGUGCCGUGUACUUUUCUCUGAAAUGAGUCAGUUUAUAUAAAAGUGACUUUUCAUCUUUCAACCAUUAUUGAGUCUAAUGAGCCAAAUCUGUGUUUCCUUAGUUCGAGUAUGCCGCGAUGAAGAGUUGAAAAGCUGACAUGGGUGACUGGAACCUGCUGGGAAGCAUCCUGGAAGAGGUCCACAUUCAUUCCACCAUUGUGGGAAAGAUCUGGCUCACCAUUCUCUUCAUUUUCCGCAUGCUGAUCUUGGGUGCAGCUGCUGAGGACGUCUGGGAUGAUGAGCAGUCUGAGUUUGUCUGCAACACAGACCAGCCAGGCUGCAAAGCUGUCUGCUACGACCAAGCCUUCCCCAUCUCCCUCAUUCGCUUCUGGGUGCUGCAGGUCAUCUUUGUGUCAGCACCCUCACUGAUCUACAUGGGCCAUGCUCUCUACUGCAUCCGAACGCUGGAGAAGGAGCGUCACCGGCGGCGGAUCCAGCUGAAAGAGGAGCUGGAUGAAGUUGAGUUGGCACUGGAGGAGCAUAAACAUAUUGAGAGGGAGCUGAGGAGGUUGGAGGAGCAGAGGAAGGUGAAGAAGGCUCCUCUUAGAGGACCUCUGCUGAGAACCUACAUCAUUCAUAUCCUUACCCGAUCUAUGGUGGAGGUCUGCUUUAUCCUUGGACAGUGCAUUCUGUAUGGAGUCCACCUGGAGCCCCUGUAUAAGUGUGAGAGGCUGCCCUGCCCCAACAGCGUGGACUGUUACAUCUCCAGGCCUACAGAGAAGACCAUCUUCAUGGUUUUUAUGAUCGUCAUUGCUGGGGUGUCACUUUUUCUGAACAUUCUGGAGAUAAUCCACCUAGGUGUCCGCAAAAUCAAACAGACUCUGUACGGAGACAGGUACACGGAGGACGACAGUUUGAUUUACAAGUCCAAGAAGAAGUCUUCGUUACCACAACUCUGUGUUAUCAGCAAUGUUUCCCCUCACAAUGGACCUUUGACUCAGACCUUUAAAGUGAUUCAGGAGGUGGAUAUGAAGCCAUUUCAUCACAGCAGUGGACUCAAAACCAGUCAUGAGCCCCUGAGACACAACAGCCUCGCUCACUUGGGUCAGACGAGCUAUACCUGUCCUCAGACAUGGAUGUCCCUCACGUCUGAGGACAGCUGUGGAAUCCAAAUGCCCCAAACCAGCCAGAGUCCAGAGGCUCACCAUCCAGCCUGGACUUCUGCCAUGUCCACAGUGGAGGAAGAUACAGCAAGCCAAGCAGAAAUCCAAGAGGAAGAGCAUCCUCAGUCCAGUCAUCUGGACCCUCUGCUGUCCAGCAACACCUUAAGGCCUGGAGCAAUUAGGGACCCUAUUAAAGACAAUAGACGAGAGUCUACUAUGAGUGAACUCCUGAUCCCCAACCCCAGGAGAACCAGCUUCAUGGUCAGACCUCCAUCUGAGAGCCUGUCAUCCAUGACUGGCUCCACCAGUCCCUCCUUACACUCCUCGGAGGAGUCGGAUGAACUGGGUUCCCUGCAGGGAGACAUGCCCAUGAUGCCGCCAGCUGGAGGUCGAAGGAUGUCGAUGAGCAUGUUCCUGGACAUUUCCUCCAUCAUGAAGAAGUGAGCAGAGGACGUGAACGUUGCAUGGCUCUUCUUCUGCCGAAACUGCAUCAGUGAUACGUUACCUGACUUAGCGAGUCACAGGGUCCAGGAUCAGUCAGGCAGCCAUGAUGAGGUGAUCGAGUCCUAGCUGGAGAGCCAGGAGUUUCAAAGCACCUUACAAAGUCUGCAAGAGCAUUUCACUGCGGACAAAUCGUAUGGAAAAUACCGGAGACAACCAUC